AUGCUUCGUCGGCUGACACCCUUGCUAUCAAGGUCCUGUUCUGUUUUGAAAUGCAGUAUUUACGUUACUAACUCCUGCAGUAUUAGACCUCUGUACAAAUUCCAAAUGGAUAGGAUUGAAAAAAUUCUAUUGGCUGAUGAUGACAUCGAAAAAAAAAUUAUGGCUUUGCGGAGCGAGGUGAGUGACGUUGAAGCUAGAAUUAUUGAUAAUAUUUUGAUAGAAAGAUUGGAGAAAGAAAACAGAGAGCUCGAAGAAGAAAUUCAGAAGUACAGAAAUGAACUAACUCAGUUGGAAUUAGCUAAUGGAAGAAGACAAAUAGCAUUUGCUAAUAUUUUACAACAAUCAAAAAUAAAUGAAAUAAUAUCUACUAAAGAAAAUGCUGUUGAAGAAAAAUCAAAAGAUUCCCUUGCUCCUCAAAAUGUUUCUAAAACAGAUGAUGCUGCAUAUAAUGUGGAAUCCAAAAAAGUUAAAAAGGAGCAAAAAAAAGGAGAUAAACCAGAUAAGAAAAAAUCUGACAAAUCUGAAGUUAAGAAAGAUGGUGCAGAAGAACCACCAGUUGAUGUGGGUAGGCUUGACUUGAGAGUUGGUAAAAUCGUGCAUAUAGAAAAACAUCCAGAUGCUGACAGUCUAUAUGUUGAGAAAGUUGAGAUUGGAAGAAAAGAACCUAUAACAGUAGUUAGUGGACUUGUAAAACAUAUUCCAAUUGAAGAUAUGCUAAAUUCACUUGUAGUUAUAUUGGCCAACUUAAAACCUGCCAAAAUGAGGGGCAUAACAUCUGAAGGAAUGGUUAUGUGUGCCAGUUCUGACGGUGUAGUUGAAGUUCUGAGGCCUCCGUCAGAAUCUGUUCCAGGGGAUGUUGUGACAUGUUCUGGCUACAUCAAUUCCCCUGAUGCUGUUCUCAAUCCUAAGAAAAAGGUAUUUGAGACAGUGGCACCUGAUCUUAAAACGGAUUCCGAAAUGAUUGCUACCUAUAAAGGAGAAAGAUGGUCAGUUGAAUCCAAAGGUUUUGUCAAAGCUCAAACUCUAAAAGGAGCUAAUAUUAAAUAG